AUGAAGCUACACAUCCUCUUACUGGUUGCUACUUCGGUGGUGGCGCUUCCCAGACAGAAACGUGAAGAUGCCGCUUCAACAGCUGCCACGGAAUCUACCACGUCGGCUACUAAAACAACCUUAGCUCCUACCCAAGCGAGCACUCCAACAACUACAUCUUCAACAACAUCGACAACUACACCUGCAACAACUGCAACAACCACACCCACAACAACUUCUGCAACCGCUCCACAAAUAACAACGCCGCCCAACUGGCCUCAGCCAUUUCCGUUUCCUCCUCCAUUCCCCUUCCCGCCACCACCAAUGCCUAGACCUGGUUGUCCGGUUUGCUUCCCACCUAUGGGACCAUGGGGCGGACCUGGGGGAUCAUGGGUUAGACCGAGAGGACCGUGGGGUGGAUCAAGAGGACCAUGGGGUGGACGAAGAGGACCGUGGGGUGGACCAAGAGGACCAUGGGGUGGGCCUAUGGGACAGUGGGGAAGACGAAGGUGGUAG